AUCUCCAGGCUCAAAGCGUCAGUCCACCAGUCAUCGACAGUGUCAUCAACAAAACUGAUUGAAUGUUCAACCAACUCUUUUUCUCCAGAGUCUGUGCGGCUUGUGGAUGGAGCUGGUCUCUGCUCUGGGAGAGUGGAGGUGAAGUCCAAUCAGUCCUGGGCCUCAGUGUGUGAAGCUGACUUUGACCGGCAGGAUGCAGAGGUCGUCUGUAGGGAUGUUGGCUGUGGGGCUCCUGCAGCUCUACAGGGGGGGCUCUAUGGAGAAGGUGAGGGUCAGACCUGGGAUAAAGAGUUCCAGUGUAAAGGCAAAGAGUCCCUUCUCCUGGACUGUGACACCUCAGACAGAGAGAACAACACCUGCCUACCUGGUAAUGCUGUUGGACUCACCUGCUCAGAGCCUGAUGAUGUGAGGCUGGUGGGAGGAGGCAGUCGCUGUGCUGGUGGAGUGGAGUGGUACGACCAGGGAGAGUGGAGGACUGUGGGAGCUGAUGACAGGGACCAGGAGAAUGUAGCUGUAGUAGUGUGUAGACAGCUGGGUUGUGGCUCCACUGUUUCAGUACCACCUGGAAACACCACUAGAGAGUUUAGAGUUUCCUGUUCUGGGUCUGAGUCUUCACUGAGGGAGUGUAGGAGAAGUUAUGGUCUCCUUCCUGGACUCACAGUGAUCUGCUCAGGUAAUAACAAGAUACACUAUAUGGCCAAAAGUAUGUGGACAUUUGUUGAUCCGGCUAUUUCAGCCACAGCAAUCUCCUGGUCCAGCCUGAUAUCUUCCUGA